AUGAGUGAUAUGAGGCUUCGGCCCACCAUUCGGGCCCCAGUGCGAUAUGGUGAGGCUAAACCCGAAGAGCCAGCAGCAUCGGCGUCGCAAAGUAUGCACAUUAUUCGUGAUCUGUCCAGCAGCGGCGGUGAUGAGAAACUGUCAGCGAGCUCUCGCCGGCGGAAGUCACCGGUGUGUCCUCGUACCAAGUCAUACGAUCCCAACCGGCCUCCGAUUCCAUGGUGUACCAGGCCAUACCCCGGCCAGGCUGAGAACGAGGGCUGGACGGAGGCGUACAGCAUCUAUCGCGAAUCACUGUAUCCGCCUGCGUCCCAUGGUGUACCCGAGAGCAGUACCGAAGGCUUCGUCAUAAGCAGGGCCCUGACGAACAAUGGUGAGUUCGAGGAUGUCCCCGAAGAUAACCCAGGAGAUGAGCGCGAUGGAAUUGGCUGGGUACGCAACCCCCGUACGAGCUCCAACCGAUCUACUCGUCUUGAUUCGCGUGUCCUACUCAGUGACCUGAAGCCCUCACUUCAGGUCGAGAUAUUCCACAAUUAUGUGGCGGAGCUUGAUGAACAUUGGUACACGGCGCAGGAAAACCUAGAUAUUACAGGUGACGAGUACCUAAAGCUCGUUGGAUACUCUCAACACUAUAACAAAUCUAUCGACGCUGAAGACCGUACGCUUCAUUGUUUCAGAAAGAAGCAGCGGGAAGUCCUUCGGGAUCACGAGACCGGCGAGUCAAAAGAUUCAGUUGAGGACAGACUCAACAGGCUCGAGAUCUUCAAUUUUAGGAAAAUGAACUGCCAGAGACACAAGUUCCAUGAUGACGAGGUCAUGAUCGCGAACACAACAGAGGUCCUCGAGAGUUAUCGAUUCCUGGACCGACUUGAGCUUCCCCGGAGCCUUGCUGGAACCUGGAGCAACGGCUCGGAGACAGUGUUCCGUGGACAGUACGAUCACCCCACGCCUGAGCCAGAAACGUGGGAAAGAAAGGAAGAUUCUUCGACGCGGCCGCAAUACUUCGCGGACUUUGAUGAGUAUGUCCUUACACACACGGAAUCCGGACCUGGGAAUGCUUUCAUCCAGGGUAUUGGCAACAGUAGCACGACCAAUCCAGUAGCGAUUCUGACCCACGAAGGACAAGGUACCGAAGGAGACACGCCGUUCUGGUUUACUGACCACACACAAGGCUCACAUGCAAACGUUAGCGAUUUGCAGGCCCGUUACCAGUGGCAAUUGACGCAGGCUGGCCUCGAGGGUGGAUAG